AUGCUCCAGAGAUUGAGAGAAGAAAAGUUAUAUGACAAGUUCUCAAAGUGUGAGUUUUGUCUUGAUUCCAUUGCAUUUAUGGGACAUGUGGUGUCAAAAGAGGGUAAUCAGGUAGAUCUAGCCAAUAUUGAGGCAGUUAAAGGUUGGACCAGGCCUACUUCAGUUACUGAGAUUCGAAGCUUUGAAGGACUUAUAGGAUAUUAUAAACAAUUUGUGCAAAGCUUCUCUACUAUUGCAUCUCCAUUAACCAAAUUGACUGGCCAGGGUGUGAGCUUUCAGUGGUCUGAUGAGUGUGAGGAGAGCUUCCAAAAGCUCAAUACAUUGUUGACUUUGACCCCUGUUUUGACUUUACCCGAGGAGGGUCUAGACUUCACCGUUUAUUAUGAUGAUUUUGGGUUGGAUUAG